CGUCCAGCAGCUGAUUGGUAAUCCAGAAGAAGUUUCCGCUCAGUUAGGGGGGAGCUCCACUUUGAAGCAGGAGACUCCACAACCACCCUGCAUUAAAAAGGAAGAGGAGGAACUCUGCAUCACUCAGGAGGGAGAGUGUCUUCUAGGACGAGAGGAAGCUGAUUACACCAAGUUUCCACUGAGUAUUCUCUCUGUGAAGACUGAAGAUGAUGAAGAGAAACCACAAGUAGACAACCUCUUAGCUCCACUAUCAGAUAGUGAGGCUGAAGACGAGGUUGAAGAACCUUUGAGCAGCGAUAAAGACUGUGAAGGUGAUAUGAGGACUCACACUGACAACAAACACUCUGAAUGCUCUACAAAGAAGAGAGGUGAAACAUGUUUCAGCUGCUCAGUUUGUGCUGAAAGUUUUACUAAGAAGAGCCGUUUGACUCGACACAUGAGAACACACACAGGAGAAAAAACAUUUAUUUGUUCAGUUUGUGGCAAAAGCUUUUCUCAAAAUUGCAUUUUGACUGAACACAUGAGAACACACACAGGAGAAAAACCAUAUAAGUGUUCAGUGUGUGGCAAAAGCUUUUGUGUUAAGACCAAUUUGACUAAACACAUGAGAACACACACUGGUGAAAAACCAUUUAGUUGUUCAGUUUGUGGCAUAAGCUUUUCUCAAAAUAGCUAUUUGACUGAACACAUGAGAACACACACAGGAGAAAAACCAUAUAAGUGUUCAGUGUGUGGCAAAAGCUUUUGUGUUAAGACCAAUUUGACUAAACACAUGAGAACACACACUUGUGAAAAACCAUUUAGUUGUUCAGUUUGUGGCAUAAGCUUUUCUCAAAAUAGCUAUUUGACUAAACACAUGAGAACACACACUGGACUAAAACCAUUAAAUUGUUCAGUUUGUGGUACAAGCUUUUCUCAUAACGGCUCUUUGUGGCGACACAUGAGAACACACGCUGGAGAAAAAUCAUUUAGUUGUUCAGUGUGCUGUAAAAGGUUCCAACAUAAAGCAGACGCAGUAAAACACAUAAGAACACACAAGGGAAAAUAACCAAUUAGCUGUUUAGUUUGUGGUAUGUUGCUCAUAUGUGGCGACAUCCACCCUACCCAGGACCUCCUCACUGCUUCUUUCACAAAUAUCUGAGGUAUUCAUACAAACUUGGAUUAUUUGAAGCAUAAUAUUAUCUACUCAUGACCCCAUGUCUUCUCUGUAUCUGAAACCUUCCUGAACAGUAAGAUAGAUGAUGCUUCAAGUGCUUGGUUACUCCUUCUUCAGUCCAGGGACCUGGGGCCUCAUGUGUCAAGUUUGUGCACACUCAAAAACCUGCACUACACCCUUUUUCACUGCAAAAUUGAAAUGUAUCAAAACUGACUAACGCAUAAGUGAUGCUGGGUAACUGUUUGCAUAACCAAGUGCCAACUUUUACUCCUCAGACUGAUUGAUGUGCAAAUCAGAGACAUAUGAACAAUUAACCCCCAACACCCACAACCCAACCCCCACCUCCCUCGACAUGGUCCUGGUGGAGAUCUACACUCUUAGUGCUUUUCUUCUUUAUUCAGAGUAAUGAUUUGACUUUCUAAAGGUUAUGAACUACUAAGUGGGUUGAA